AUGCGAGAGAACCGAUUACGAGCAAAAGCCCGGAUUCAACAACAAGCAGCCGCACGAAAUCCAGAAGCACGGCUGAGUAUGUUGGGGAAACGAAAGCCAGGGCCGAUUAGACUGGAAGCUGAACAACCAACAACAGCGGAAGGAUUACGGAACAAGCAAAUGACGAUGAUUGGACCGAAUGGAAAUGUGAUCAAAGUGACGCCUUCUACGACGAGAAAUGCGAAUUUGGACGUAGAUGCGACGCACAUCUCACCGAAUAAAGCGAAGCAAACGUCUUUGCUGGCAGCCGGUGCGAUCGAAGACCCAAAUGCUCCAUUGCCGAGGGACAAAAGUUUGGGUAAUUAUAUCGAAUUCGAUUUGAGUAAGAUCCAGAACAGUAAAGGUGGUUUCUUAAUCGAUGAUGAAGAUGAUAGCAAGACCCAAAAAACUUUACAGGAACUACGUGCCGAGCGUGAACGGAUGCGAGAACGAAUGCGAGAUGGGAUGCAACCGGGAAUAAACUUAGCAGAUGAUAUCAAAUGUCGUGAAUGUGGAACGAGAGAUGUUCAAGAAGAGAUUAGAACGAUUUUCAAAAUUUACGUUUGCAAAGCAUGCGAGAAGCGAUAUCCGGAAAAGUACAGUCUACUUACAAAAACGGAAGUCAAGGAAGAUUAUCUUUUGACAGAUUCUGAGCUGAAAGAUCCAGAUCUUUUACCACAUAUCCUCAAAGCCAAUCCGCACAAGUCUACUUUUAGCAAUAUGAUGCUUUAUCUCAGAUGUCAAGUUGAGCAAUAUGCAUUCUCGGAUAAGAAGUGGGGCAGUGAACAAGGCUUAGACGAUGAAUUCACCCGAAGAGAAGCAGAGAAAGCACGCAGACGAGAGACAAAGUUCAUCAAAGGUUUGGCGGAUUUGCGUAAGAAGACAAGAAACAAUGUCUGGGAAAAGCGACAAGAAAAACGACAUCAGUGUAACUUUGAAACUGUUGAAGAUCUGGCAACGGGAAAUAAGAAACAAAAAUGCGUCGAUUGUGGAUUCGAAGUGGAAGUGGAAGAUUUGUGA